UUCUGGUGAUGCCGAUCGUCUCUGUACCGGAGCAUGUUCUUUUUCAAAAACUUAAAGCAAGCUUCACCGAGGAGGAGUUCACGGACCUUUGCUUUGCCUUUGGCUUGGAAUUGGAUGAAAUUACAUCCGAACAAGAGUUAGCCAAACGUGAGCAGGGCGAUGUUGGGGCUGUUAGCACGAAGAGUGAUACGACAAUCUACAAAGUGGAAGUUCCUGCAAACCGCUACGAUCUUCUGUGUGCCGAGGGCCUCACUCGAGCCCUCCUAAUUUUUCAGGGCAAAAUUGCAGCGCCGGAAUAUCGCGCCAUUCUUCCGAUGCCCCAUAUACAAAUCCGGGCUUCUCCUAAUGUCUUAGAGGUGCGCCCCUUUGUCGUUGCUGCCGUCUUACGGAAUAUUGCUUUUGACGAGGACCGUUAUGCAAGUUUCAUUGAGCUGCAAGACAAGCUUCAUCAGACUAUUGGCCGCGAUCUUAGGGAACAUCAACGGAAAGUUUAUAUGCAAGCGAUGAACGACACUGAUGCCUACGCAUCUAACCGGAUAGGUCCGUGCGGUGACUGUAUGCGUGAUAAUUGUAUACGUUUCGAUGGUGUCACUAUUUUAUUUAUUACUGUCGCGUAUACAGAUGUGAUCGAAAAGGCGUAUGGGGUGAUUGAGUGUAUGGGUGUAGUGCGGCCGAGGAAGGCGCAAUUGAUGGGCGUUGGCCGCGACUCCGAACGCCAGUUCUCCUAUAGUACCGCGAGUAAACGAAGUAUCGUGGCAAUUGGAACGCACGAUCUGGACACUCUUUGCCCACCAUUCGUCUACGAUGCCCAACCUCCAUCGAAGAUACGUUUCCGCCCUCUUAACCAAACACAAGCCUAUACCGCUACUGAAAUGACUGAACUCUAUUCGAAAGAAUCUCACCUCAAGCCCUACAUUGCGCUGCUAAAGGGUCAUCCAAAAUACCCCAUCAUCCUGGAUUCGAAGGGCACAGUUCUGUCAAUGCCUCCUGUUAUUAAUGGUAAUUCAUUUUCAUUUUUAUCAUUUCCCCUUCGUGACAUUCUGCUGGGCGUGCGAUAUAAACGCAAUUGGAUUUAUUACCAACGAAGUACUAGAUUUAUACUCAAAUAA